UUAGGGACUUUUUUUUCUGAGGCUUUUUUCCUAUUAAUGUUAUGUAAGAUUAGAUUUAAUAUCUUGUUGCUUUUUCUUUCCCAGAGCAAUUCUUUCCCAAUUCAGUAUUCUCUGGUGGCUGAGCUCACUAGUAUUACUUGCUCUACUUGCUCUCAAUGGGAUUUGUUCCUAAAGUAAUUUCUCCUCUGCAGAUUAUGGAUGGGCAACAUCAACCCCGUUUUCAUUUUCAGAAAGGUGAGAAGGGAGGAGAGAAAGAAAUGUAUCAAAUUCUUAGGUUUGUUUGUUUGCGUUUUUUUUUUUCUUUUUUUGAGGUGGGGGGAGGGGGAGAGGCGGAAAUACCACCAACAAUUUUUGGUCCACCCCUUAAAAAUGUAUAUUUAAAGGCACUUAAUGGUAUUAGAUGAGCAGUUUCAUGUCCCAGCAAAAGUUGGUAACCAUGGCUGAGGAGAAUAAAGCCUUUGUAGAUGAAAUAAAUAAAGCACUGGCAAAGUCUGAAGGGUUUACCCUGAAGGAUCUGCUGUUCUCCUACCGGGGGACUCCUUAUCCAGUCACAGUGUGCAGCGCAGAGACAUUCCAAGCCCUGGAGAACCUGGAAGCCAGAAGAGAUGAUAUGGUGCUGGUGUCUUACCCCAAAUGCGGUGUGAAUUGGCUUAUCCAGAUUUUAAAUGAUUUGAUAUUUACAACUAUUCAGAGUAAACCUGUAAGCACAGAGCUACCAUUUAUUGAAUGUGGAGAUCCAGAUAAAUAUCAGAGGAUGAAGCAGAUUCCAUCUCCAAGGAUUUUGGCAACACAUCUGAAUUAUGAUUUCCUCCCCAAGUCUAUUUUCAAGAACAAAGCCAAGAUACUAGUGUUGUUUCGAAACCCUAAAGAUACAGCUGUUUCAUUUUUCCAUUUCCACAAGAAUGUGCCAAGUGUCCCCAGUUACAGCUCCUGGGAUGAGUUCUUCUCAGAGUUCAUGAAUGGGAAAGUUGGCUGGGGAUCUUAUUUUGACCAUGCAGUCACCUGGAACAAACACAUUGACGAUGAGAACACUAUGAUUGUAAUAUAUGAAGACCUGAAAGAGAAUCUGGCUUCUGGUGUAAAGCAAAUAGCAGAAUUCUUUGGAUUCUCCCCAACAGCAGAGCAGAUCCAGUCCAUUGCAGACAGGGCUACUUUCCAGGCAGUGAAGAACAAGGCUCAGGAGACUCAUGGUGCUGUUGGCACAGUUCUUUUCCGCAAAGGUGUUGUUGGGGACUGGAAAAAUCUUUUCACUGAAGCUCAGAAUCAGGAAAUGGAUGCCAAAUUCAAAGUAUGCUUAGAAGGAACCAAGCUGGGAGCAAAGCUAAAAUAUGAUGUGUACUGCAAGGCCUGAGCUUCUGCUAUGGAGAAGUCUAAUAUCUAGGCUGCUUUUUGUUCACUUUCAUGUAAUCAAAGAGAAAUUAGAACAAUACCUGUUUUAUAAUUUAUAUGUAGUAGUUGAACCUGCGGAAAUCACUGGAAAUGUGUUUGGUAGGUUGGAAGUGGCCUUCCAUGAGAUUUUUUAAGCCAAUCAUUAGGUGUCUUCUUGAUUUUCAGAUUUGGAAAUGUGUAAUAUUUUGGUUUAAAAUGAAAUUUCAGAAGGGUUUUUUUUGUUGUUAUCACUUUCUCUGUAAGAUAGAAAGUUUCCACCUCUUUUGGCAUGAAUAUUUUUCAUUGCUUUGGAAUGAAAAACAAUGAAUGUUAGUGGAAGUUCUAAUUCUGAGUAAUUGAAGGAAUUGUCCUGGGCAGAAGUUGCUCAUGGAGGUUGGAAUGAGGAUUGAAGAGCAAAGUACACACACAAAACCAAACCAAAUUAGAAUGAAUUGUGUUAAUACCAAAGAAGUGAAGUUGAUGAAGCUUUUCAAACUAAUUCCAAGAUCCAUAUAAGUGGAAAAUACAGCUGUGUUCCUUAUGUAUUUGCUUCAGCUGUAAUAGGCCCUACUGGAACAGUAGGUCAGUGUCAUUGCUAAGAAAUAUAUACAAAGGAAAUUCAAAAGACUGAUUGAGGAUGAUGUUGAAAAAGGAAUACCAAUCUCUAGUAAAGUAGGUUGCAUGAAUUGCUUGACCAAUAAUAGCCAGUCUAUCUGCUUAAACUGCCAUCUUUUUCCAUUUAGGAUUUUACUGAAAUAUUCCAGGACAGUUAAAGAGAAAAUUCUGUAUCAAGAUGCUAAAUAGACUACUUUUAUGUUUUUACACCUUUAGAUCAGCAAGGUUAUUUAAGCUGAGGUUGCUUAGCCACAUGAAGUAAUAUUUUAUGGAUGACAUUCUUACAUCAAUAAUCUGCAGACUCUUCUCGGCACGUACGCACAUACUCAGUGAUUACCAGCUAAGAAUGAGCAUUAAAGCAUGUUGAAUAUAAAA